AUGAGUCGCGCAGGGAUAAGGCAGCUUUCGCUGCUUCGGGCGUCGAGACAAUGUCUAUCUCCCCGGUCCCUUGCUACCGUUGUAAGGGGGCCUAUCGCUCGCUCGACACCGCCAGCAGCAACUUUGUUGGGACGCCAGCGAUGUCGACUUUUCAGCACAACACGACUACGAAGAAGUCAGGAUGGGCCGGAUGAAGAUGCGGGAUCUUACAGCGAAGCGGAUCACGAACAUGCUGUCAUUUCCACUUUCGAUCUGUUUUCUAUCGGCAUUGGUCCCUCAUCUUCUCAUACUGUCGGGCCAAUGCGUGCUGGUAACAUUUUUGUCAAUGAUUUGAUCGAUGCCAAUCUGCUUCAAAAAGUCAACAAAAUCCGCGUCGCCAUCUAUGGUAGUCUUGCUCUCACGGGUGAAGGUCAUAUGACUCCUUCAGCUUUACUCCUUGGCCUCGAAGGCGCCGAUGUCGAAACAGUCGACACAGGCUACGUGCCCAGCCGCUUCGAAGAGAUCAAGUCCAGCAAGAAGAUUUUCCUAGCACGUGGGCUGGCCACAGAUGGAUCCAAAGGCAAGGAGAUCGAUUUCGACUACGAGAAGGAAUUCAUUUGGGAAUGGGGUCGUAAGCUUCCCCAGCACAGCAACGGCAUGCGUUUCACUGUCUACGACAAGGAAGGCUACGUCCUAGCCACCAACGACAUGUUCAGCGUAGGCGGCGGUUUCGUUGUCAACGGUGCUCUUAGUAUCGCACCCCAAGAAACUCUCUCCGCAAACGCCCCCGCUCAACUCGAAGUCGGAGAUUCGGACACGGCAGCUCACCCGGCCGAUUUGGCCGAAAACAUGUACUACAAGGAAAUCCGGCGCUCAGAUGCCGCGGGAGAUCGACGAACCGGUACCGAAGUCAAGGCCCUCGAAGAAGCCAAUGAGGGUCCGACAGCUCUCCUCGGAGACUCGCCUAAGCCAACCGGCCUCUCUACCGAUGUCAAGUCCGAGACCAAGGAUACCAGCUCAUCACCGCAUCCGCGGUAUCCAUUCCGAGAUGCCGCUAGUCUGCUUUCACUCUGUCGCAAACACAAUCUCACUAUCGCGCAAUUGGUGUAUGAGAAUGAGAAGAGUCUAGGAUAUACGGACGAGGACAUUUAUCGAAAGAUCUUCAAGAUUUGGGGAGUCAUGGAUGCUAGUAUCCUGGAAAGUGUCCAGGCACCAACAGGCUCUAAGCUUCCUGGAUCUCUCAAGCUGCAUCGACGAGCGCCGGCGCUCUACCGCCGAUUGACUCGUGGCUUGUAUCCCUCGUCGACUGCUGAUACUUCAGCUGCUCAGCUCGAGCACAAGUUCUCUUCGCCUGACGCCAACAUCAACGAGGAUGGCGUCGGCUCAUCACCGAAAGCUCUCGCAGCAGCAUCAUCUCCAUUGGUGCCAGAGAAGUUCAAGGCUGGCGGCCUUCGGAAGCGCGGUCCGCCACGGAUACACGGUUCUCUGGAUCAUCCUAUUGCUCCAGCUCCUUCACGCCGUACGACAUUCCCCACUAUGGACUAUCUAUCUGUCUAUGCCAUUGCUGUCAAUGAAACCAACGCUGGCGGCGGUCGAAUUGUCACCGCUCCUACCAACGGUGCCGCAGGUAUUAUUCCAGCUGUGCUCAAGUAUACGACUGAGUUCAUCAGCGACGAUCCUGAACGAGAUAUCCCCACUUUCCUUCUCACUGCUGCCGCAAUCGGUAUGCUUUACAAGCGAGGUGCCACCAUCUCAGCCGCUGAAGGAGGGUGCAUGGCGGAGGUCGGCGUUGCCUGCUCUAUGGCCGCCGGUGCUUUUGCUGCCUGCAUGGGAGCCAGCCCCGAGACAAUCGAGCAAGCCGCAGAAAUCGGUAUCGAGCACAACCUCGGACUAACAUGUGAUCCCAUCGGCGGACUCGUCCAAGCUCCCUGCAUCGAGAGAAACGCGCUGGGCGCGACAAAGGCCAUCUCCAGCGCCAACCUGGCGCUUAGCAGUGAAACAGGCACGCAGCGCGUGAGGCUGGACGACGCUAUCCGGGCGAUGCGACUGACGGCCAAGGGAAUGAGGAACGAGUUCAAGGAAACGAGUUUGAGUGGAUUGGCUACGAGCGUUCACAUUAAUAUUCCAGUCAGUGUUCCUGACUGCUAG